AUGUCUUCGUACUACGAACCUCAGGGCUGGCAAGCACCCGCUGCGCGCCAGGUCUCUUGGGAAGCAACCGGCGCCUCCCUCCCGGUCAGCUCGGUCUCCCAGCGCGAGGAUAUCCCGGCCUUUUCCUCCCAAUUUGACGAGGUCGAUCGUGCGAUCGACAAUCUCGUCAAGAGCGGGAAGCUGUGGAAUGCCCCUCGGCGGGAUUCGAUGCCCAUGAUGAUGGGCCGGCCCUACCCCGACUACGACCCUCGCAUGGGUGGUGGCCCUCAGCGACACCAUUCGAUCAGCGAGUUCGAUGGCAACCGUAUGCCCCCGGCUGGCAAUGCCCAGGGUUUCUAUGCCUCCCAGCGGUACCAGGGUCGUCCCAACGAGGUGGAACAGAUGAUGCAGGCGAAGCGUCGGAUGGCAGCACAGCGUGAGAGGGAACUCCGCAACUAUCACCAGGAGCAACAGUACAACCGAAGCCUCCUCGCCGAGAUGUCUGCAUCCAAAUCCGACCGCUCCACCAGCCCGGCUGCCGUGAGCGAGGACAGCCGUCGCGAACUCCUCGCCCGCCAGCACCGCGCCCUGUACGGCAACGAAAGCCCAGCCUUCUUCCCGCCCGGUGCCUUCUCCGAUGAUAACCCACGCCCAGAUAGCCAAGCCGGCGGGGUACCCCGUCGUCCGGUCACCACUACCGCCGAAGCCACCACGGGCCUGCAGUCGCCCUCGCGCGCCAACAGCACCUCCUCGCCUAGCUCCGCCAUCAAUGCCAGCUUCGGCACCGAGCAGCCCCUGCUGGUCCUAUCGGUUCCGUCGGUCCCAUCGGUUCCCGGCCUGCCCCUGGCCAGACUUCUGCUCCCCCCCGCCAACCCGGCCUUGAACAAGCGCUCCAUCACUCCUCUCCCCUCCCCGCUCGGGCUCGGCUUCACCCCCGCUGACCCUGCUGCUGGCCCUGCGACUGAGCGCACCUCCUCGGCCGGUCCUACCCCGCCUGUGACCUCCGCUGCUGGUACCCCUGGCACGAAGGACCAGGCUGGUGGUGUUGGCCUCGGCUGGAGCAACGGCAGUGGCGUCUGGAGCUCUAAGAGUGGGCUUGGCGUGCAAGCUUCCGUUUGGGGUUAA